GUUAGAUAUUACAGCCUAUUGCGCUAGAGAGAUAUAGACAAAUUGAAAAUGAUUGGAACUAAAUGUUUUUUCUUAAGUUUAAUCGUCUGCUGGUUGCUCUUAACAAUAGAGAUUCAAGCAAACUACAGGAAUAAGUUGAAAAUUGAGAGUGAAUUUAAGACGCAACCAUUUAUCUCUCCUUUGAGGGUAAGGAGGGCUGCAACAAGUUCCCCUGCAUACUUUCUGUAUUCCAUCGAAGACGACAAAACAUACAUAUCAUUAAUCCGAACAAACUAUAUUUGUAUUUACUUGGUUGUGAGGUUAGAAUGCCAAGAAAAUACUGUGGAUUGUCAGGUGCGACAAGUGGCUUUCGGUAUUGAGAGGAAGAAGAAAAAGGUGUUGUUCUGCAAGGAUGAGGAACUACCACCUAUUCGUGGGAAGCUUGGUGCUUUUGUCGAUUCUAAAAUUCUUAAGCAAAUACCACAUUGGCGACUACCAAAACCGAACAUGAAGACGUUAACAAAGUAUCCUGUGUUAGACAUCCCUAUGGAAGUAAAAGAUAUAAAAGAAUGUUUCGAUAUCCCCAAUAAAAUGUACAUCGAUCCUGACGUUGGGGCGUAUGGUAUCUUCAUGAUGCAUGCUAUGGGAGAGCACAUGAUCUAUGAAGAGUACCCCGGUACAACAAAAAAGAAAAAUGGACACUUUAACGAUCCUCUGCCUUCUGGGAGUAGUACAAGCAGGAGACCGUUUCCAGAAAAAGAAAGUGGAUUGUAUAGCGGGUACAACUGGUGUGGGCCGCAAGAUGGUAUUAACGCGUGUUGUAAUUGUCACGUUAACAGCAAAAAAUGUGCUUCAUCGUGUGGGGUUAGCCCUAUAAAUGACGUGGACGCUGCAUGUAUGGAGUACGAUUUGUGCCAAUUCUGCAGUCAGGGGUGUCUUGGACCUGGUACAGAUAGCGGACCCACAAAACCAUGUAUGUGUCAGAGGACUUUAACAAAGGCUCUAAAGCUUGCUCGAUGUAAUGAAUCAACAACGAAGGCGACAAAACAGUGCAAAAAGAUCCGUAAGAAGUUAUUAUCAGAAGCAGUGUCAAAGAACUGCUGCUGUGACUACAAGACAAAGAUGUUGUUUCCUUGUGGAAAACGUUGUACGUCAAAGAAAUCCAGUAUCCCAUGCAAUGACGUCAAAUGGUGCUCAUCAACUAUAGAUGGUGGAUACGCAUUUGCGGCUAAUUUCAAUGCAUGUCCAAUGAACGUAUAGGUUUUUGGUUUCAAAUACUAUAGGAGAAUCUGAGAACGAUACGAUUACAAAUGUACGUCGAAGAUAGACUACUAUUAUGUCAGUACUGACGCACAUGACGUUAAGGGUAAAAUGACAUGAAUUUCAAUGUAACGUAUUCCACGGUUCUAAAAUAAAAU